AUGAGAUCGAUCCACUUGAUCACCUCCAUUUAAUGGAGACCCCAAAACCAAAUUUUUAUUAUUACUGUCAAUUACAUAAGUCCUACAUCCUCUAUAAAAGCAGCUUAGAUAUGUCCUUCCUGUAUAGGUCAUAUUUCAUUCUUCAAUUACUUGGGAAAGGCCAGAAAAGAGUGCAAGAUAUGAGGCUUCUAGUGCUUGCUCUUGCCCUGAUGGUGGUAGCUGGAUCUUGCUUGGCUGCAGGAAACAGGAAAGCUUUAGCUUUUGAAAGCCAUGAACCUGAAAAACUGAGGGACCUAAUCAAGGAUGACUUCAGUAAGCAUCCUGACAGUUCAAAUGAUAGAGAAAAUGGUCACCACGAAAUUCCUCUGGGUAAAUUUUCACCGCCAUCUGGGUAAAACGUGGUGGCAUAUCAUGGACCAACAUAAUGGUAAUUUAAUAUGAAGUGUUUGUUUGUACUUCUUCUUCGUUUUCAAUAAUUAGUUCCUUCCGUAGAGCUUGGCUGAGAAAAUGAUCUACUCUUGUGUAAUCACCGCAGUAUGUGAAUAAAUAAAAUCCUUUUGUUUUGUUUUCAUGUAA